AACCAGCAGCAGCCUCUCCCUACCACAGAGCCCCACCUCACAAUGCCCCAGCUGCCCAGUCCCAGAAUGGCAGACCCAAGUGGCAGGAGCCCGGCCCAGCUCCUGGACAGUGUCCUCGGGCUGGGAGCACUGGGGUUGACAAUCCGGGCAGUCUUUUCCACGGCUGGCCCAGCCUUGCUGCUGCUGCUGCUACUGGUCAGCUUCCUGGCCUUCGACCUGCUCCACAGGUGCACCAACUGUGAUGCAACAGCCUCGAGUGGAGACGGAUGCCAUCGGGGCCGGUGAGGGGCCGCAGCGGGCACUGCCCUGGACGGCCUGGGUCACGCGGCAGGAUUGGGUGCGCUGGUGCUUGUGCCACGUGCCCCAGAGCUGGACCCAGUGGUGGACCACAUCAAGCUGGCGGCAGCCACUGCAGCGUAUGCUGUGGAACCUGGAGGGGAUCCUCUACCUGCUGCUGGCACUGAUGCUGUGCCACGCGCUCUUCACUACCGGCUCCCACCUGCUGAGCUCCCUGUGGCCUGUGGCGGCCGCAGCGUGGCGCCAUCUGCUGCCUGCCAUCCUGCUGCUGGUGCUCAGCGCCCUCCCGGCCCUGCUCUUCACCGCCUCCUUCCUGCUGCUGUUCUCUACGCUGCUGAGCCUCGUGGGCCUCCUCACCUCCAUGUCUCACCCAGGCUACGCUCAGGACUUGGACCAAUAGAAGGGCAACCCGUCCCGCUGCCUGUGUCUGUUAGCCCUGGCCUAAGGCCUGAGGCCCCGAGGGAGAGGGAGGGCAGUGAGACUAGGCCCAGACUUCCAGUCCCUAGCGCAGGUUGUGGCAUGGGUGAUGCUGCUGGAGCUGGCAAGGUAGACUGGCCUGACCCUGGGCACCUCCCUCAAGCUGCUGCUGCAGCUGUCUCAGCUUCAGACUCAUUGAGAACUUCUACCUGGGUACCCCUGGACUUGCCAUUCCUCCCACCAACGCUCUUUUCCCACUUACCCGAGCUCUAGGAAGGACCCACCGACGGAAGCCUAGCUAGAAGAGGGCUGGCCACAAGCCCCAUGAGACUUCAACUAACUCACCUCCCAGACCUUCCUGCCCAGACAUUCCCCUACUCCCUAGAUACCUUAGCUCCUGCCUCAGUCCACAUCCCCAAGUCUGGAAAAUGGGCUGAAUAGGGUAGUAAGGUUCCCAGAGAGUACCCACUCUUUAAGUCUCCUGAGGUCUGUUCUGGAAUAACAAACACGUCCCAUUUCACCCACCUACACAUGUGGCCUUGGCCAAUUAAUUCUUUUGAGCUUGUGCUAAGUGCGUCAAAAGCAAUACCGAUGUAUGAAGUACUUUGUAAAGUCCAGGAAACAAUAAGAUGCUAUGUUGAACUCUUGAGAACAUUC